AGAGACCAAGGGAGUGAAGUGAUACCACAGCCUCAAAAAAGUAGGUAUUGAGCCUGAAUUCAUCAUGUGUCCUGAAGACUCACUGGAGUGCAUCGUGUGCUGUCACGAGUUCUCACGCUGCGACCGGGUCCCACGGAUCCUCCACUGCGACCACACUUUCUGCGCUCCUUGCAUCCAGAAAAUGAGCAAGCUGGAGGGAAUCGACACCACCGUGUCGUGCCCUCUGUGCCGCCGGAUCACGUUGAUCAAACCCAACAUGGCCUUGGCAGGAGUCCUGUGGGUCAACACGGAGAUCUGGGACCAGAUCCCGGUGAAGCACAACGAGAGGAAGGAGGACUCCGGGGAAGGUUGGACAGACGCAAUACUCUCUCCAUGGAAGAAGUCUGGUUUCGUGUCCACGCUGCAGAAACUUGUCGGCUGCGUGGCUGUGCGUGAAUAAAGCUGGUGACAGUCGGAGGAGCGGGUUUACGAACCAGCACAAGACUAAAUCUGGAGGAACGAGCGCCUGGACUGCUGCUCUGUGGAGACUUUUUUUGAAGUUAAACCCAUUUGUGAACUUGGCCGAAGCUGCUGGAGGCGCAGGUCUUACUUAACUUAAACUGUGAAUUUACUUUUUAUAAACAGA